ACACAAGAGCCGUCUUGUAAGCAGAAGAAGAGCCUAAUCUACAACGCAAAGAUCCAGUUCAGUCAAGACGAUGACGACGUACGGGUCGCAGAUGGGAUCUCUAGCGAAACUGAUGUGUUUCAUGGCCAUUGCAACGUUCUGCUUACCUUCGGCCAUGGGAGCUAGAGUAUUGCUUUCGCAUUCAAGUGCUCCAGCAAAAGACUCGGACAGUUCAUCAUGGAUCAGUGCCUACUGGACUUGGACCCCUUUCCCUCACUUCAAGUGGAAGACCAUCAUUCCUGCAGCUCCUCUUCCCAGUCUCCCCAUUCCAACUUCAAUUCCUCCUCUUCCCAAUUUCCACUUUCCGGCCUCUACUCCUCCUCGUCCCAGUCUCCACUUCCCGACAUCUACUCCUCCUUUUCCCAGUCUCCACUUCCCGGCUUCGACUCCUCCUCGUCCCAGUGUCCACUUUCCAGAUUCGACUCCUCCUCGUGGCUUCAAAUUUCCUCCAUUGCCGUUCCUUUCAAAAUCCCCUCCCACUCCUUCCGUAAGGUCUGAAUCUUCUUCUCUAGCUCCGGAGAUGUCUUGAUCAGAUUCUGAUAGCAUCAAUGCGCGGUCUGCAACACCAGGACACAUGGCUGAAGUUCAGAAGAAGGACGACAACUGAUCUUCCUCCUGCUGGACAUCUUCUGCAGUGGAUCCCACUUGUUCCAGGCUUCACGCAUCCACUACAGAAUGAAAACGCUUCCGACUUGUUCCAUUUUGGCCACAGUGUAUAGAUUGGAGAAUCUGAAGUGAUGCGAAUGUUUCUUCAAUCUUGUGCAGAAGACAAUUCUACCACCAGCGCCUGCAUCCAAGGAAUCAGCCGUAUCAUCCCUAUCAUUCAACGGUAGUUCACGUUAGAAGAGGCAUAGAUGAUUAGUAAUAACUCCAAUCGGCAGAAUUAUAUUAGUCUCCGAUUGUGUAACAAGUGCAGGAUGAUAGCUUAUGUAUUUAGAAUGAAAUAAUUUGUUUCCUUGUUCAGCAUGUUCUUUGUAAGCUAUUUUCGAUCAGCAAUAAAGACCAGGGCCAUUGAAUCUGACAUUUGC